UCCUUUUAACAUAUAUAUAUAUAUAUAUGGUUCAAUCGGCUGGUUUAUUUCUUGCUUCCAUGUGUGUGUAUGUGUUUUGUAUAAUAAACUCGAUAUCCAGGCCUAAAUUCACAGAGAUGGGUUGCUUUACACUAACAGUUUUUCUGCUUAUGCUUUCGGUUUCAUCUUCAACUUCUGCAACAGUCAAUGAUCACUUUCUCCAGUGCAUGUCUAUUCAUUCUACACCCCAUGCUAAGUCCGCCCAAAUCAUCCAUCAACCAAACUCCUCUUUGUAUUCAUAUUUCUUGCAAUCUUCUCAACAAAAUCCCAGAUGGCUAAACGCCUCAACCUCAAAGCCUCUUCUCAUCCUCACACCUUUUCACGAGUCUGAAAUCCAAGCAGCCAUUCUCUGCAGCAGGAAGCAGGGUUUGCAAAUCAGGACUCGAAGUGGUGGCCAUGACUAUGAAGGGCUGUCCUACCUCAGCGAAGCCCCUUUCAUCAUUGUUGACCUCAUCUAUCUAGGGACAGUCAGUGUUGAUAUUGAAGAUGAAACAGCAUGGGUUCAGGCCGGAGCAACCCUUGGUGAGCUCUACUAUAGUAUUUCCAUGAAAAGCCAUAUCCAUGGAUUCCCUGCCGGGAUAUGUCCAACUGUAGGGGUUGGUGGGCACUUCAGUGGAGGAGGGUUUGGCACCUUGUUAAGGAAGUACGGCCUGGCUGCGGAUAAUAUUCUCGAUGCUUACCUGAUAGAUGUUAAUGGAAGAAUCCUCAAUAGAGAAUCCAUGGGAGAGUCUUUGUUUUGGGCGAUAAGAGGGGGUGGAGGAGCAAGCUUUGGAAUCUUAGUUUCAUGGAAAAUAAAGCUGGUUCGAGUUCCACCAACCGUGACUGUUUUCACCAUUCAUAAGACCUUGGAACAAGGCGCCACCAAGCUUGUCCACAGGUGGCAAUAUGUUGCAGACCAAUUACAUGAAGAUAUCUUUAUCAGAAUCAUCAUUCAAGAUGUGGGUGGACAGAGCAGUGGUAAGAAGAUGACAAUCCAAGCUUCCUUCAACUCUCUAUUUCUGGGAGGAGUUGACAAGCUAAUCCCAUUGAUGGGCAAGAGCUUCCCUGAGCUGGGUUUGCAGGCAGGAGACUGCACCGAAAUGACUUGGAUUGAAUCUGUCCUCUACUUUGCAGGCUUCCCAAGAGGAAAUUCCUUAGACGUUUUACUAAACAGAACUCAUCCUGACAGGAGCUAUUUCAAGGCAAAAUCAGAUUAUGUUAAGGAGCCCAUACCAGAAGUUGGCCUAGAAGGUGUGUGGGAGAGAUUUUUGAAAGAACAGAUAGUAUUCAUGAUAAUGGAUCCUUAUGGAGGAAGAAUGAAUAAGAUUUCAGAAUCUGAGCUCCCUUUUCCCCACAGAAAAGGAAACUUGUACAACAUACAGUACCUGGUGAAAUGGGAAGUCAAUGAGGCCAAGAUAUCAAACAAGCAUGUACACUGGAUCAGGAUGCUGUUCCAAUACAUGAGGCCUUUUGUUUCCAAAUCUCCCAGGGCUGCCUAUCUCAACUACAGGGAUCUUGACUUGGGGAUCAACAAUCAGGACAAUGCAAGCUACUCACAAGCCUGGGUUUGGGGUACAAAGUACUUCAAGGGUAACUUCUUCAGACUGGCAUGGGUGAAGGCCAAGGUUGAUCCAGAUAACUUUUUCAGGAACGAACAAAGCAUUCCACCACUUCCCCACAUGGAGAACAAGAAGAAGGUGGUAUGAUUAGACAGACCCCUAUUGGAAUAUGUAUAAUCAAAGAAAGUUUUGAAUCAAGCGCCUUGCAUAACAAGAAGCAGGCAUGUCUUCUUAUAGACAUGCUUAUUUCACAGAUUCAAACACAGAUAUAUGAGGUUUUAGGCUUAUAAAAGACUCUCUAGACCAUCUUUCAAGUUCUGGCUACCCAGGUUUGAGGAUGGUUCUGUACCGUUGGGAUUGGCUUCUUGUAAGACCAAAGAAUUGGUCCCAAACUAGGCCUUUUAGAGUAAUUUUAGACCAUAUUUCAAGUUUCUAAUUUAAAAUCUUCUUAAGGGUUUUGUUUAUGAGGUGUGGUAAAAAGAUCCCAUUUGAGUUUCUGGUGGACUCUUUCCAAACAAUGCUUUAAAGCUCUCCAAAUCAUCCUACCAAA